AUGAAGCAGCCCCUGCUCGACGCUGAGAAGGAAGGCUCGCUCGGAGCCGAGUUCCUCGACAUGGCUGGCACAGCCGUCCAGCUCUCCUCCACAAAGAUUGUCCGAAUUCUGCUCACCACCAUCGACGCAGCGUUCCUCGGUCACCUCGGUACGAAGCAGUUGGCAGCAGUGGCGCUCUCGGCGCAGCUGCAGGGCGUCCCGUCUGCCGCGAUCCAGUUCACCAUCCAGGCCGUGACGACGCUAGCCUCCCAGGCUCGCGGCGCUGGCAACCGUCCGCUUGUCGGCGAAUGGCUGCAGACUGCACUCAUCGUGGCGGUGGUCGGCUCCAUCCCGACGAUGCUGCUCUUCUACAAUGUCCAUCGCGUCGUCGCUAUCACGAUGGCGGAUAAGGAGGUGGUGGAGUACGCGCGGCUGUUCAGCGAGAUGAUGGCCUGGUCGCUGCUGCCUCAGUACCUCUACGUCGCCUUAACGUCUUGGUUCGCGACCAUCGGCGUCAUGAUGCCCGCGACCUUUGCCACCUGCGUGACGGUGGUGGCAAACGCCCUCUUCAACUGGUUCUUCAUCUACGGCUAUGGCUCAUUCGAGGGGCUGGGGUUCGUCGGCUCGCCGCUCGCCACCGUCGCCUCCUCUUACCUGCAGCUCCUCGUCUUCUGCGGCUACGCCGUUGUCAUCAAGGGCUACCACAAAGAGUACUGGGCCGGGUGGAGCCGGAAGGCCGCCAGCUCCAGCCGCAUUGUCACAUUCCUGGAGCUUGGAUUACCGACGGCCAUGUCCGCUCUCGUCGAUUGGGCGGCCGGCGCUCUGGCGGGCUCGUUCGCCGGCUUGGCUGGAGUGACGGUCGCUGCCGCCCAAAAUGUGCUGACUGGACUCUUCGCUCUCUCCUACUCCACUGUCUCGGGCUUCUCGACUGCUACUCAGAUUCGGCUCGCUCGCUACUUGGGCGAGGGGAAGCCGCAGGCCGCGAAACGCAUCCUCGCGAUUGGCUCAGCGACGAUGCUGAUCGGCGCCGUGCUCCUCUGCGCCGUCAUCGCGGUGUACCACGACAGCGUGUGGAAGAUUUGGACCUCGGAUCCGGAAUUGGUGGUGCUCUGCGACAAGGCCUUGUUUGCAUUCAUGGCUAGCGUCGUUAUGUGCUACGUGCGAUUCAUGCUGACCGUGGUCAGCGUCUCGCUCGGCCCGAAGGAGGCGCGCGUCAACCUGAUCGCGAACACUGUCGCCUCCUGGGGCAUCUACAUCCCGCUCGCCUAUCUCAUGCCGAUCUCAUGGGGCUGGGGCCUCUCCGGCUUCUGGUGGAGCGACUUUUAUGGCGAGGUGUUCAAGGUUGCAUGCCUUGGGUGGUGCGUGAUGAAUGUCGACUGGGAGCAGGCUGCUCGCGACGCGCAGGCCAAGGCUGCCGUGAGCAGAGGCGCGUCGCGGACUGAGUACAGCACUCUGAGCGACAUCGGCGCGCGAGCCAUGCCAAGUCUUCGAGCCAGCAAGGUGGCGUGA